UCAGUACGGUGUGCGAAUUCGCGCAAGAAGGUCGCGUUGUGCUCUCGCGUAUCCGAUUCCGAGCUGAGCUGAAAAGCCUACAGUGGUCGCCCCUCCACCUGAGCACUCGAUCGGGUAAGAUCGUCGGAUCGGGUUUGUUUUGACCGAGUGCGCCGGCAUCGACCGACUUUAGCAGGGCGUGCUUCGUCCAGUAGUGCUUACGACGGAGCUGCGAUCGAGCGUCACUUCUUGUUGGAGCAUGGACAUUAAUGGGUGCCGAAUAGGAAUAGAGGUUUACUCCAAAAGUUAUACAGUUCUCGUUCGGUUUGUGUCACAGUAAAGUGUGGUUCGAGUGUCGUCAGAGCCUGCUAAGAACGUUCGUGUGUCGUGCAGUAAAAUUUAUUCCAGUCCGGUGUAAGAUCUACACACUGACGAUACGCAACAGAGGGAAAAUCCCAACCUUACGCCGCGUGUGAUUGUGUCCGGUGAGAGUGCGUGUGGCCGGCCCGGUGUAUUACGUCCGAUACACGUGUGUGUAUAUGGAAGUCUAACUCGAGUUAAGCGGUUUCGGAGACAAUAGUGUUUAUGCUGGGAAACGGUCCCACCUAAGCAUCGAAACAAACGGCGCGAUCCAGUGGGGCAUGUGAGUUGGUGGUGCCAGGAACCAGGGGUUCUAUCAAGAUUAAAGUGUAAGUUGCGAGGCGUUCCGACGAGAGGCGCACAGAGACAACAGUUGUGUCAGCUCAAUCCCCGAAGAGGGUUACCCGUGGCAAGAUGCGUAAAGUUUGGCUGCUCGCCAGUGCCGUGCUGGCGUUUCUCAACUUUGUAAAAUCGCAGGAAGUCGCUCGAACACUGUACAGCACCAGAUACGACAACCUGGACAUUGACACCAUUUUGGGCAGCAAUCGGCUGGUGUCGAACUACGUCGACUGUUUGCUCAGCCGCAAACCGUGCCCACCGGAAGGCAAGGAUCUGAAACGAAUUCUUCCGGAGGCAUUGCGUACCAAGUGUGCCCGCUGUUCACCGAUUCAGAAGGAGAAUGCGCUAAAGAUCAUCACCCGCCUUUACUACGACUAUCCGGAUCAGUACCGGGCGCUGCGAGAACGCUGGGAUCCUUCCGGCGAGUACCAUCGCCGGUUCGAGGAAUAUCUGCGCGGGCUUCAGUUUAAUCAGAUAGGCGGAGGCGGCAGCGGCAGCAGCAAUGGUGGUACCGGCGUGGGUAAUACGAUCGAGAGCGGUGGCAAUGACAGGCCGGUAAGAAACGAUCUCGAUCGACAGCCCGCAUCGACACAGAGCAGCAAUGUGCAGCCGAUAGUGAUUGAUCCGACGCUGGCUGGACAGCCCGUCCAGCCACCAUCACCACAACCGCCGCUAGCUGUUGCGCCAGCGACCGAACGACCUAGGCCCCCGGCACCGGUUUCGGAAGGCUUUCCGUGGCCCACCGUCAUCACCGCCGGCACCACGGCUCCACCACCGGUAGUGGUGAAUCGGUUCGGUGACGAUGGUGGCAAUAGUCGACCGUCCAUUGCUCCAGUGCCUGCGGUGCCUGUUCCAGUGCCACAGACGACAACUACGCAGCGGCCUACCACCACAACGGUCCGACAGACGCGACCCGCUACACGUCAAACGACCACCAGAAAUACUCAGCGUACAACAACGAGAUUUAUAACGCGUGUACCUCCAACACCGCCACCACCAACAACAACAACAACAACACCACGCACUAUCACAACGACGAGGACGUCGACCAUUUUACAACAACGACCACCACCACCACCACAACCGUCUCCAGCACAACAACAACCAAUACUACCACCACAAGCACCACCACCACCACCACAACCAUAUCCAACAAUAAUAUACGAGCGUCCACAGGCUCCACCGAGAGCCAGUCCUCCGCCACCACCACCACCAGCUAGACCAUUCUACAUACCGCCGGAGCCUCCGCGAACGCCACCGACCACCCAGUCCGGACAGACCACCCCGGACAGCGUUAUUGAUCAUUUCUUUGUUCCACCAUCGCAGGCCGCUCAACUGCCGCCGAGUCCGAUCGUGGGCCUCUGGAACCAGCUCGGUACGAAGAUUGCCGAUACGGCGGACGCAAUCGCCGGGAUGCUGCAGAAGACGGUCGACGUGCUGGUGACGAGCCACAUCCAAUCGCAUCAGCGAGCCCUGCGGCGAUCCUAGACCAAGUCUCGCCCCCGGAAGCUCACCGAAGGAAGGACACUGGAGUGACACAGUACACAGAGUUGUUGUUGAAAUUAUGUGAGAAUGCUUGCCGUUUUAGGCAUUAGUUUUCCAUUUGCAGAGUAGUAGUAUGUUAUGUGUGGGACAGAUAUUGGAAGCCGAAAUUGAGAUGGUGACACAUCCCCCAUCCUUGCCAGUCCCAUGCACAGUGACUGAGAGAAAAUUCGACUCGAAAAAGAAAGGACAAUGCUGAAUGCGCGAAUAUAGAUUGACUCCUCCUAGAUUGGUAUCUUCCCAUUUAUUCCACUCUCUACCACAACGCACCCGAGUCCAGCUUCAAGGCCCCUGCGGUAGUUUGUGGUUUUGUCGUCCCCAACAAUCAAGAUCAAGCAAAUACUUCUGUGAUUGAGUGUGUCAGAGUAUGUGAUAGAAAUUAUUGUGCGUAUCGAGGUGUUUUGUUGUUGUAGAAGAAUUCUCUUACCCAUCCUUAUCGCUAUCCCAUGCAUCAGCGUACGGAACAUCUCUUACCGCUUUCGGGAGCUCCAUUUCGAAACCUGACAUGUGAAACGCAGGCGUGCGAAGCAAUGACAUAUUACAGGGUGAAUUUUUUAAAAGGUUCAUGGCAUAUAAUUGUAUCUGUAUGUUACUAUUGAAUAAAUAUAUUAUGUAUCAGACAAAAAA